GCUCUCCUACUUACUUGGCGGGUACUGACAAUCACAUGCACGAUGGUCAGUCGAGUCGGGAUGGAUAGCCGGUUCAGACACCUGCGCGGUCACUCUCUGCGGCGCUCGUGUGAUUGCUCUCCGAGAUGGUCAGGCGGGCAGACUGUGGGCCCUCCCUUAUAACCUCCCUUCAAGUUGCCACGUAGCGUUAGCUAGCCUCUGUCCGUCUUCGCCAUGUCCGUCAUCACCACGCCAGUCACCGAGUUGUUCGGGAUCAAGCACCCUAUCCUGCUUGCUGGGAUGAACGUGGCUGCUGGUUCUGAACUUGCUGCAGCGGUGACGAAUGCGGGAGGUCUGGGUGUCAUCGGAGGGCACGGUUAUACGCCGAAGAUUCUUCGCCAGCAGAUUCGUGCCAUUAAGGCAGAUCUCAAGGACAAAAACGCGCCUUUUGGCGUUGACCUCCUGAUUCCCCAGGUCGGUGGUAAUGCACGGAAGACCAACAAAGACUACCAGAACGGGCAGCUGCCGCAGCUCAUCGACAUCAUCAUCGAGGAGAAGGCCGCCCUCUUCGUCUGCGCCGUCGGCGUCCCACCUAAGUGGGCAGUCGACAAGAUGCACGCCGCCGGCAUCCCGGUCAUGAACAUGGUCGGCCACCCGAAGCACGUCGCGCGCGCACUUAGCGUCGGCGUCGACCUCAUCUGCGCCCAGGGCGGUGAGGGCGGCGGACACACCGGCGACGUCCCCUGCUCGAUCCUCAUCCCCGCCUGCGUCGAGGCGGUCAAGGGCAAGACCUCUCCGCUCACGGGCAAGCCCGUAUACGUCGUCGGCGCAGGCGCGGUCGUCGACGGGCGGAGCCUCGCCGCGAACCUCGCGUGGGGCGCGGAGGCCGUCUGGGUCGGCACGCGCUUCGUCGCGAGUGUCGAGGCGGGCGCGCCGAAGGCACACAAGGAGGCGGUCGUCAAGGCGGGGAUCGACGACACCGCGACGACCCUGAUCUACACCGGGCGGCCGCUGAGGGUCAUCCGGUCGCCGUAUGUGGACGACUGGAACAACAACCGGCUGGAGGAGAUUAAGGAGCUCACGGCGAAGGGCGUCGUCCCGCACGAGGAGGAGCUCCGGAAGCACCCCGAAAAGCACGGCAAGGGCAUCACCUUCCUCUCCGGACGUGUCGCCGGCCUCAUCCACGAGAUUCUCCCCGCGCAAACGAUCGUUGACAAUAUGGUCAACGAGGCUGCUGCUAUAAUCCAGAGCUCGGCGGCGAAGGUCCAGGUUAAGGCGAGGCUGUGAUUUAGUCAACUGCUUUAGGUGAUCCUGCCUCGGAUGUUGACGUUAUUUG